AUGAAAUGGAUUAUAGGUGCAAAAGAAGGUAUUCUGGUAGCUGGAGAUCAAAACAAAGGGCAUGCUCUAACACAAUUAAGUGGUUCUAGUGGACUGUUCGUCGAUACGUUGGGUACUAUCUAUGUGGCAGACUCCUCGAAUCAUCGUGUAAUGCGUUGGACUCCAGGAGGAAAACAAGGCACUGUAAUUGUGGGUGGAAAGGGCAAAGGAGAAAGAGCAAAUCAGCUCAACUGCCCCAUUGAUUUGUCUGUCGAUCGACUUGGUAAUCUCUGUGUCGCCGAAUAUAAUAAUCAUCGUGUUCAACGAUUUUCUAUCGAAUAG